AUGGCCAGCUUCUUCGACAUCAGAGCGCGUCAAGCUGCCGCCGUAGCAGCAAAAGCAGGCUCAUCCAAGAACGACAAGCCAGCAGAAGACAAUCGCCUACGACCAUGGGUCGAGAAAUACCGCCCCAAAUCCCUCGACGACGUAACAGCCCAAGACCACACCGUCACCGUCCUCCGCCGUACCCUCCAAUCCGCCAACCUCCCGCACAUGCUCUUCUACGGCCCCCCGGGCACCGGCAAAACCAGCACAGUCCUCGCCCUCGCCAAACAACUCUACGGCCCCGACCUCUUCAAAUCCCGCGUCCUCGAACUCAACGCCUCCGACGAGCGCGGAAUCUCCAUCGUCCGGGAGAAAGUCAAAGACUUCGCCCGGAUGCAGCUCUCCAACCCGCCCUCCGGCCCGGCUGGCGAGGAGUACAAGAAACGCUACCCGUGUCCGCCGUAUAAGAUCAUUGUGUUGGAUGAGGCGGAUAGUAUGACGCAGGAUGCGCAGAGUGCGUUGAGGCGGACGAUGGAGACGUACUCGAAGAUUACGAGGUUUUGUUUGGUGUGCAAUUAUGUUACGAGGAUUAUUGAUCCGUUGGCGAGUCGGUGUAGCAAGUUUCGGUUUAAGAGUUUGGAUGAGGGGAAUGCGGGCAGGAGGAUUGAGGAUAUUGCGAGGUUGGAGGGGGUUAAGAUGGAGGAGGGCGUGACGGAGACGUUGUUGAGGUGUAGUGAGGGUGACCUACGAAAAGCCAUAACAUUCCUCCAAUCCGCCGCCCGCCUCGUAGGCGCAGUCCAACUCGGCCUACCCCCAACCUCCAAACCCCGCAAACGCAAACCCAUCAUCUCAGAAGACUCCGACGCCAUGGACAUCGACAGCGAAUCCACCACCACAACCACAACCUCCAUCCCCAUCACAAUCAGCAGCAUCGAAGAAAUCGCCGGCGUGAUCCCCACAACCACAAUCUCCCACCUCCUCACAUCCCUAACCCCCAAAUCAAGCCGCCCCGCCCCCUACGGACCCAUCGCCCAAGCCGUCGAAGAUCUGGUUGCAGAAGGCUGGUCAGCGACUCAGAUCGUCACGCAGCUAUACGAUAAAAUCGUGCUACAGGAUGAGACGGUCGGCGAUGCAGCCAAGAAUAAAAUUAUGCUCUUCUUCUCGCAGACGGAUAAGAGGCUGGUCGAUGGGAGUGAUGAGCAUUUGACGAUUCUGGAUUUGUGUUUGCAGAUUGCUGGGGUGUUGGGGGGGGGGAUAAGUAAAGAUAAAUGUCUGGGAGGAAAGAUCGGGGGAUGA